AUGCUCUCUGUUCUUACCGUGUUGGCCAGUUUGGCAUCUGCCCACUUCAACCUUAAUGUUCCAGGUUCCAGAGGUCCAAAUCAUCCCACUCAAGGAUACGCUCCAUGUGGUGGUUUGAAUGACACAGUCCUUCCAAGAAUUGAGUUUUCUACUAGUGGUUCUUCCUUAGGUUUCAACCAAACCCACAACACUUCCAUCACGCAAAUUAACUUUUGUUCAGGUGAAAGCUGUAGAACCCUCCAAGACUUUGAUACCGUGGUAUACGAUGUCUUUGAACAAACAGGUGCUGGUGAAUUCUGUCUUCCAAAAUUAAUGAUCCCAGGUGAUGCUGGUACUAAUGGUACCAUCCAAGUAGUUACCACUUCAGGCGAAGGCUAUUUAUACAACUGUGUGGAUAUCACUUUAGUUGAUAAGAUCCUCCCAUCCAACUCUACUUGUGUCAACAGUACUAAUAUUGAAAUUGCAAGAUAUUUCAUUGAUUCCGAAUUCUUGGUCAACCAAACCAAUUACACCGGUGGCCAUCAUGGACACAGCAGUUCUAAUUCUUCCUCUUCUGCUGCAUCUGGUAGUGUUGUUAUCUCCUCAUACUUGACUACAAUGGAACAUGGUGGAAUUCAAACCACGAUGUACAUGCCAACAACUGUUAUUGUUGGUGGUGAUUCCUCUGCUUCUGGAUCUGCUUCUGCUUCUGGAUCUGCCUCUGCUUCUGGAUCUGCUUCUGCUUCAGACUCAUCUUCCUCCUCAAAAGCUAUUGCUGCUUCAUCUUCAUUGAUGGCCAGUCCAUUUAUUGCCUUCAUUACAUUGCUUGUUGGUCUCUUUGCCUGA